GUUCAGUUUUACAGUCAGAGCAGAUGGGGCGGGCUUUCACAUUCUCUCUGCCCUUGUCUGGCGCCCGCCAUCUUGGCAAUAUACUUCGCGCGCUGUCUUUGGCUCUGUUGGCCCACGUGACUCGAUUUUAAGCCUGUGUCACCCUGUGAUCUCUAGGCGUGGGAGAUACGCUAGGAGAUAGCUGGAACCCUGGAAGCUGAAAAUGGAACUGUUGACAUUCAGUGACGUGGCCAUUGAUUUCUCCCCAGAGGAGUGGGAAUGCCUGGACUCUGCUCAGCAGAAUAUGUAUAGGGAUGUGAUGUUAGAGACUUACAGAAACCUGGUCUCCCUAGGUUUUGCUGGCUCUACGCCUAACCUGAUCACCUUUCUAGAGCAAAGCAAAGAGCCCUGCAAUGUGAAGAGACAAGAAACAUUGGCUGUAUACCCAGCUGUGUCUUCUCAUUUUGCCCAAGGCAUUUCAUCAAAACAGGGCAGAAAAUGUUCAUUCCAGAAUAUGACAGAGGAAAGGCACAGUAUUUGUGGCCAUGACAACUUAUAUUUUAAAAAAGAAUGGGAAAAUAUGGGCGAGUAUGAAGAUCAGAAUGCAAGUUAUAAUGGAUGUAACAAAUUUGUGAUAACUAAAGAAAGCAAAAACUUCAUUGUCAGCAGAGAUAAACAUAUAGUAUUUCAGAAAAAAACUGAGUUUGUGCCUGCUACUUUUAAAGACCCACAUGUUUUUGUAGGUGAAUAUUCACAUCAAAUUUUGAAACAUGCCUUUUCUCUCAAAAGAAAUUUGGAAAAUCUAAGAAUGAGACCGGUUCAUGCUUUAGUUCAUCACUUGAAAAGUUUUAAAUGUAACAUUGGAUUAAAUUUUGAACCAUUCAUUUUGGUAGACAAUAAAUCUGAAAGUGAAGAGCAAAUUCCUAACUGUAAUCAGUUUAGUUUUUUCAUGAAAGGUUCAUUAGUCUGUAAUCAACAAAUAUGUCUUCCAAAUACCAAGGUAAACAGUGUUCAUGAAUAUGGGAUGUUAUUUACCCAUCCAUUAUUGCCCAAUCAAAAUCUGGAUAUAGGAAUCUACAGUUGUAAAGAAUGUGGUAAAGCUUUUAAAAGUUCUUCAAAUCUUACGAGACAUGAGAAAACCCAUAGUGGAGAGAAACCUUACAAAUGUAACGAAUGUGGAAAAGCCUUUAAUAAUUGCUCAUACCUCAGUCAGCAUCAGAGGAUUCAUAAUGGAGAGAAGUUAUAUAGAUGUGAAGAAUGUGGCAAAGCAUUUAACUGGUUUUCACGCCUUACUAUACAUCAGAGAAUUCAUACUGGAGAGAGGCCAUAUAAAUGUGAAGAAUGUGGCAAAGCCUUUAACUGUCGUUCACAUCUUACUCGACAUCAGAGAAUUCAUACUGGUGAAAAACCCUACAAAUGUGAAGAAUGUGGCAAAUUCUUUACUCAUGGUUCAAAUCUAACUCAACAUCAGAGAAUUCAUACUGGAGAGAAGCCUUUCAAAUGUAAUGAGUGUGGCAAAGCCUUUAAUAAGCGCUCAAACCUCUCUUUACACCAGAGAGUGCAUACUAGAGAGAACACAUACAAAUGUGAAGAAUGUGGUAGAACCUUUGGUACUUGGUCUACCCUUUCUAUACACCAAAGAAUUCAUAAUGGAGAGAAACUUUACAAAUGCAAAGAAUGUGGGAAAGCCUUUAGCUAUUCUUCUGUCCUUAGUCGACAUCAGAGAAUUCAUACUGGAGAGAAACCCUACAAAUGUAAAGAAUGUGGCAAAGACUUCAGACAUGAUAUAAGUCUUACUCGACAUCAUAGAAUUCAUAGUGGAGAGAAGCCCUACAAAUGCAAGGAAUGUGGUAAAGCCUUUAUUCGCUGCUCCCAUCUCACUCAACACAAAAGAAUUCAUACAUGACAGAAUGUUUUCAAAUGCAAGCAAUGUGGCGUAAACUUUAACUUUCUUUCUAUCCUUAGUAAAUACAGAAAAUUCAUAAUGUAGAGAAGCCAUACAAAUGUAAAGAAUGUGGCAGCAUUUCAAAUGGCUCAACUUAACAAAAGAGAACUCAUACCAAUGGAGAGAACACUUACUCUACAUUACAGAAAUUAUACUGGAUAAAACCUCUACAAUUGUAAAGAAUUUCUUGAAAUCAUUACUAAUUGAAACCCUACAAAUGUAAAGAAUGUGGCAAGGCUUUUAAUAGAAGUUCAAUCCUAAUUCAGCAUGAACCCAGGGUGAUUAAACUUCAAUGUUUGGACAAUG